UUUAAUAAAAGGGGGUGGGGAAACAGGUGGUUAAAAUAGCAUCAUGACGAGAAAAAAAUACCGCGCACAGGCACAGCGCGAGACAGGUUGAUUAGCCAAUCAUUGCGUGAUACCGAGUGCCAUGAUCACGUGACACAAAAGUUCGGUCACAAGAUGUCGAUGAAAGUUUCAACUGGUUGGUCCGUUAUUUCGGUUACAUGUUAAAGUCCAUCUUAACGGACUUGGGCACUGCCACCGCGGCACUUUGCACACCUGUCCGGCGGACGGCCUUUCAAAACGCAGCUUCUGUCACUGUACAGCACAAUAUUCCCCCCAGUACUGUGUCAUGUACUUUUGUGGCUAUUAACGCGUGUCUUGGACGGUUCCUUUGAGACUUACAACGCGUGUCCUCCGUCGCUCCUUGUUCAAGUCGGAAAACUCCGCAGCCAUUUUGAACGCACACUGCUACAUGUACAUGUAGGUACAUAACGGACAUAUAUCUGUGUCGCCGCUCUUCCUGCUGCAACUGCCACUUUAUAUAUUGAAUAAAAAGAUAAACCUACGAUGAAAUUACUACGAGGCUUGCAUCAAAGUCAGGCAUAAACAGAACGGGCAUCGGGUUGAAACCGAUUGACGACGAUUGACGCCUCUCUUGUAUGAGCAUUAAGGGAUCACUACAGCUAUGAGAACUGCCCAGGCAGGACUUUGACUGGAGUAUAACUCACCAAGGAGGUCAAAAUCAAGCCAAACUCCUUGAUAUGACAACUGUGACUUUCCGACUGUGCGACCAAAUAUAAAACAGCAAAAGAUCCGGCCAUGGACAAGGAGCAGUUCUUCCAGGCUGUAAGGGAUGGAGAUGUAGAGACUGUGAGGAGGGGUCUGGAGGAAGGGGUGGACGUCAACAUGAGGUUACCACAAACUACCUCUUUCCUCGGCUGGUACGGAGACACAGCUUUGCAUGUAGCGUGUAGAGGGGGUCAUGAUGAGGUUGUGGAGCUGCUCAUUAAGAACCAGGCUGAUCUCAACGUGACUAACCAGAACGGAGACACAGGUCUGCAUGUAGCAUGUAGAGUGGAUUAUGAUAAGGUUGUGGAGCUGCUUAUCAGGAAUCGAGCUGAUCUUCUGAUGACUAACAAGAAAGGAGACACAGGUCUGCAUGUAGCGUGUAGAAGGGGUAAUGUCAAACUUGUGCAGCUGCUCAUUAAGAACCAGGCUGAUCCCAACGUGACUAACAAGACCGGAGACACAGGUCUGCAUGUAGCGUGUAGAGAACGCCAUGGCAAGGUUGUGGAGCUGCUUAUCAGGAACCGAGCUGAUCUUCUGAUCACCAACAAGGACAACAAACGCCCAGUCGACGAUGCCACACGACUGCUCGAAAGUACAAGAUUAUUGGUAGAAACAGAAACGCGGAAGCAGGCAGAGUACGGCGAGCUGGUCUCCUCUCUGGGUUCUGAAGAAGAAACAACAGUCAAGCUGUUUCUCUCUGGAGACGGGCAGGUCGGCAAAACAUCCUUAAGGGCCAUUCUAGAAAAGACCGGUUUCUUCCCGGCCGUUCUGUGGAACAUCCGAAUGAUGUUCAGAAAGGAAGAGUUCAACCCCACCCCAGGAGUGCACGUGUCACGUAAACACGUGAAGGGGAUCGGGAGACUGAGUCUGCAUGACUUCGCAGGACAGGCGCAGUUCUACGUCACACACGCCAUGCUGCUCCGUACAACAAACGCCAUCUUCCCGGUCGUCUAUAAAAUCACAGAUGGGGAGGAGGAACAGGAACGUCAGGUCCAUGGUUGGCUAAGUUUCAUCAACUGCAGUAACCCAGAUCCCACCAACAUGCCCCGGAUCGUCUUGAUCGCCAGCCAUGCUGACAAGCUACAAGAUAAGACAGCAGGUCAACGCCGCGCCGAGGCCAUGGUAGAACACUACAGAGAGCUGUUCGAGGGGGCACUGGUGGUGUCACCGGAGGUGUUCCUGAUGAACUGCCUGGAAGCCGGGUCAGCUGACAUCAGACGACUGCGAGACGUGCUUGCUGCUUUCAAGGAAGAAAUGUUGGAGGACCGACAGGCAGUUCCAAAGGUCUGUGUGCAGCUGAUGUCCAACCUGUCACGCUGGAGGAAGAAGAGGCAGACGUUCCCGGUAUUGCAGUGGAAGGAGUAUCUGGCAAUUGUUCGACAAGAUACACCCGUCAGCCUAGCAGAGAGAACUGUACAGCUCGCGUCAUCAUACCUGCAUGAUAUUGGAGAGAUUAUCUACCUUCGCCGCGAUGCCACUGCUGUGGUAGUUUUGUCCCCCCAAUGGUUGUACACGUCAGUCUUUGGAAUUCUCCUGGCUCCUGACAACUUCCCCAUCGACAACAUCAAGCGAACUGCUCAAGAUCACGUCACCUAUGGGGAACUCAAGCGAGUCUUCGGCACUGUUGCCGACAUCCCUCUGCUCAUCAAGCUGCUGCAGGACUUUCAGCUAUGCCACACGUUCGACGGUCACACCUUCAUCCUCCCCAGCCUGCUGCAACAGGAGAUAGACGAGAGGGCGUGGUCUCCUGUGUCCGGCAAGGCUGUCUACUUCGGGAUGCAGAUCCGCUGCCGCACGGAGAUCGACAGCUUCUCGUGCGACCUGUUCCCCCGGCUGCAGACGCUGCUGAUGCAGGCACACCCAGACAAGCUCGACAAACCUCUACUGUGGAAGGACAGCGCCAAAUGUACCGACGGGAAGGCCGAGGCCCUGCUGCAGAUCUCACAAGACAAGAAGCGGCUCAACAUCUUCGUCAGGAGCAACGAUGGCGACAGGGAGGACUGCAACUCCAUCAUGGACCUCCUGACAGACAUGGCAUACAAACUCCUGCACGAGACCAGCCCAGGAGCCAGGUCACAAGACAUGGUGCUCAGCGCCCUGGACCUCCGGGAACACAGUCCGCAGCCUCACGCCUACAGCAGGGAAGAGGUGGAGAAAGCAGCGGCAAAGGGCGAGAACGUCGUCCAUCCUCAGAGGAAAGUCCCGGAAAAGGUCAAGGACCUCCUGUUGCACCUCGGAAACCUGAAAGGUAUGCUGGGAAGAGUAGCCCGGAAGCGUGUCAAGCUGGUGGAGACCCUGCGUCACAUCAGCCCCGUCCUGGUCCACCUUCGCGCAGAUGACGUCAUCAGCCUGGAGGAGAACGACCGCAUCCGGGCUGCCAGGACUCCCCAGGAUGCAGCGCGCGAGUUGCUGAACAUUCUAGAGGCCAAAGGUGAACAGGCAUGCACCGGGUUUCACAUGGCUUUGGAACAAGUUGACCUGUAUGCUGCAAGCCUCUUAGAUUAGAAAGAAAUGCAUGCGAAAGAGGCAACAGCUAAUCUCCAAGCAGAUCCAUUGGCAAGGCAGCAUCCAUUGGCCAGAGCUAG